AUGGAGAUGGAGCAGUAUAAGGUUUUGGCUCUGGGUUUUGUCUGCUUGAUCUUCCUGGUUCCUCCACUAUGGCUCGUUUCUGCUAACAUGGAAGGUGAUGCUUUGCAUAGCCUCAGAACCAGCUUGCAAGAUCCUAACAAUGUCUUGCAAAGUUGGGAUCCCACUCUUGUCAAUCCCUGUACAUGGUUUCAUGUUACAUGUAAUAACGAUAAUAGUGUCAUAAGAGUUGAUCUUGGGAAUGCAGCUUUGUCAGGCACACUUGUUCCACAGCUUGGCCUGCUAAAAAAUUUGCAGUAUUUAGAGCUCUACAGUAACAACAUAAGUGGAGUAAUUCCUAGUGACCUUGGGAAUCUGACUAGUUUGGUGAGCUUAGAUCUUUAUUUGAACAGUUUUUCAGGUCCAAUUCCAGACACAUUGGGCAAGCUGUCAAAACUACGAUUCCUCCGGCUGAACAACAACAGCUUAUCAGGUCCUAUUCCUAUGUCAUUGACAAAUAUUUCAUCCCUUCAAGUGUUGGAUCUAUCAAAUAACCAUCUCUCAGGCGUGGUUCCAGAUAAUGGUUCCUUCUCCUUAUUCACCCCCAUCAGUUUUGCCAACAACUUGGAUCUCUGUGGCCCUGUCACUGGACGUCCUUGCCCUGGAUCUCCUCCAUUUUCUCCUCCUCCGCCCUUUGUCCCACCGCCACCUAUAUCUUCACCAGGUGGGAAUAGUGCAACUGGAGCUAUUGCUGGUGGAGUUGCUGCAGGUGCUGCUUUACUUUUUGCAGCUCCAGCAAUUGCAUUUGCGUGGUGGCGUCGAAGGAAACCCCAAGAAAUUUUCUUCGAUGUACCUGCGGAAGAGGAUCCUGAAGUGCAUCUGGGGCAACUUAAAAGAUUUUCACUGAGAGAACUACAAGUGGCAACUGAUAGUUUUAGUAACAAGAACAUACUUGGUAGGGGUGGAUUUGGCAAGGUCUAUAAAGGUCGAUUGGCAGAUGGUUCUUUAGUAGCAGUAAAAAGACUGAAGGAAGAACGUACGCCUGGUGGAGAGCUGCAAUUUCAGACAGAAGUAGAGAUGAUAAGCAUGGCUGUGCAUCGGAAUCUGUUACGGUUACGUGGAUUUUGCAUGACGCCAACUGAACGACUGCUUGUUUACCCCUACAUGGCCAAUGGAAGUGUUGCGUCUUGUUUAAGAGAACGACCACCAUCCCAACCACCUCUUGAUUGGAAAACGAGGAAGCGAAUUGCAUUGGGAUCUGCAAGAGGGCUAUCUUAUUUGCAUGAUCACUGUGAUCCAAAGAUUAUUCAUCGGGAUGUAAAAGCUGCAAAUAUUUUACUGGACGAGGAGUUUGAGGCUGUUGUUGGAGAUUUCGGGUUGGCUAAGCUUAUGGACUACAAGGAUACUCAUGUCACCACCGCUGUCCGUGGUACUAUCGGACAUAUAGCUCCAGAGUACCUUUCCACUGGAAAAUCUUCCGAGAAAACAGAUGUUUUUGGGUAUGGUAUCAUGCUUCUAGAGCUGAUCACUGGACAAAGGGCCUUUGAUUUGGCUCGACUUGCGAAUGAUGAUGAUGUCAUGUUACUUGAUUGGGUGAAAGGACUGCUGAAAGAGAAGAAGCUAGAAAUGCUGGUCGAUCCUGAUCUUCAGAACAAUUAUGUUGAAUCCGAGGUAGAACAGUUGAUUCAGGUUGCCCUGCUCUGCACACAAGGCUCGCCAAUGGACCGGCCGAAGAUGUCCGAGGUGGUGAGAAUGCUCGAAGGUGACGGAUUGGCUGAAAGAUGGGACGAGUGGCAAAAGGUGGAAAUCCUACGGCAAGAAAUCGAUCUAUCGCCCCACCCGAAUUCUGAUUGGAUUGUUGAUUCAACUGAAAAUCUACAUGCAGUUGAGCUUUCUGGUCCAAGAUGAUCCCCCAUGCCUCAGUAAAGAAAAGGAAUGAUUUGUGACUUUAAUUUUUACUUAUAAAUUUCUUCUACUUUUUCUUUUUUCUUAGCAACCAUAUCCCUAAUUGUUCUGUAACUGCAUUUUGAAAUUCAUUUGUGCAUCAGUCAGCCUUUGUCCACUUGCAAAAUGUACCAUUUUAUAGUGCCUCUCUCAACCAAAUUAUGGUUUUUAAUAUUAU